AUGACAGAAUCUUUAUGUUUGGUCACAUUCUGUGGUCACUUCUCUCAUCAGCUAGUGUUUUCUGUCUCCUCAGAUUCGUCCCUGGCCGAGGAGAACGAGGGUCAUCGGAUUCGGUGGCAGCGUUCCUCUACAAACAGCUCCAGUUCACGGAAGUCCACUAGGAACCGUAAGGAGCGGCGCAACCGUAAGCGAGGCCGGAGCAGCCAGGACUGCCGUUUGGAGAGGAAAGAGAUGAAGGUGCGGGAUCUGGGCCUCGGCUACGACUCGGACGAGAUCGUGGUGUUUAAGUACUGCGUGGGGACGUGCAUGAGCGCCCGUAAGAACUACGACCUGGCCCUGAAGGUGUUGACGGAUAACGGCAGCAUUUCUGGCCGCAAGGUGAGCACUCACCCCUGCUGCAGACCCACGCGCUUCGAGACCGUCUCCUUCAUGGACGCCCAGACGAGCUGGCAGACCAUCAAAUGGCUUUCAGCGGCCAACUGCAGCUGUGUGGGAUGAGAGAAGCCGAGGAGACGCAGCCGCUAAAAUCAACCCAAAGCUCCGGUGUAGAAA